AUGUUGACAUCUUUGACUAACAUUGUCAUUUCCUUCCAGAACAACACGACAAGUAUGCAUCAGGACCACGUGCAUGCUCAGCCUGGCAAUUUGGAUCCGACUAGGAAGCGUCUCUUGUCCCCCUUUACCUCUUUGAAACGCAAGAGCAUUGAAAUUGAAUCGGAUGAGAAUGAGAAAGAUUCUUUGUCUGACACUACGGCUGUGUCUUCUGAAAAUAAGAAAUUCCCGAAAUCGAAUCUCAAAAAUUUUCCAGCACCCUCAAGUCCGCCUGCAACCUCGACCACGUUCCAUUCCAAAGCAGUAAAGCACCAUGUUAAUGUGGUCAUUCCUUCCCCGACGGCUCGGCAGCAAAAGGAUCUCUCCAGCCUGAAAACUGAGGCUCCAUUCCAGGGGUUGUCUACGGUUCUCUAUCCCGUCGAUGAGGAAGAAAAAAGGCAAGCUGCCCUGCGCCGUUACCACCACGCUCGAUCUGUGGAUACAAGUGUUGUGCCACUUAUCAUCUCCUCACUGAAUCCCCCCCAUGUCCCCCCUACUCAAUUGGUACUGCAAUCCUUCAGGCGAAAAAUCCAGAUGCUCGAUGGCCCUGGGGUGACCUUCGCCGUCGACGAUGAGAAGCUCGCGUACCUAUCUACAACAUUCGAAUUCAUCAAUGACUACAUGCUGGGUGAGUCUGUUACUCCCGUAGACGAGGCCUUCAAUAGCGGCUGCAGUUGUGUUGGACCCUGCGAUCCUGCAACCUGUGGCUGUCUCGUUGACGAUUACGGCGACAUCACCGAGGAUAACGGGGACGCAAACAGCGAGGACGAGCAGGAGCCGAUUGGAAAGAUCAAUCCUUACGAUAGGAAGCGCUCAACUGCGGAGAAAAUGGUCCUAUCUCCCGAGUUCCUGAAGAAGAGGCAGCGAAUCUACGAAUGUAACUUCCGCUGCAGCUGCAAGGGUAAUUGCUGGAAUAAGAUCGUGCAGCACGGGCGCCAGAUCCGACUGGAGAUAUUCGACACCGGCAAUCGUGGCUUCGGUCUCCGCUCCCUGGACCCCGUCGUCACCGGUCAAUUCAUCGACCGGUACCUCGGGGAGGUGAUCACUGAGGCAGACGCCGACCUCCGCGAAGCAGCCGACAGCAAGAACAAGUCCUACCUCUUCAGCCUGGAUUUCAACCAGGCCAACUUCGAAGAGGGCGACAAGCUGUACAUCGUCGACGGGCAAAAGUUCGGAUCACCCACCCGCUUCAUGAACCACUCUUGCAACCCGAAUUGCAAGAUCAUCCCGGUCUCGACCACCAACCCGGCCGACGACCACCUCUACCACCUCGCGUUCUUCGCGCUGCGGGAGAUCCCGGCUGGCACGGAACUCACCUUCGACUACAAUCCGACCGGGGCGGCGGAGAAGGUCGCCUCAGACGACCCGACCAUCGUCCCGUGUCUGUGUGGGGAAAAGGUGUGUCGUGGCCAGCUGUGGCCGAAUGCCCGCCAGAAGGGCCAGCUGCGACGCGACUCGGCGUGA